AUGGACUUCGACAUCACCUUCCUUGUCCUCAUCUCUUCUCUCAUUCUUUCAUUCUUCGUUAUUCUUAAGAGAAAAGCUAAUGCUUCAAAAUCUAUAAACCUCCCACCAGGUCCACCAAAACUACCCAUCAUCGGAAACGUCCACCAGAUCGCCGGAGCACUGCCGCACCAUGCAUUCCGUGACUUAGCCAAGAAAUACGGUCCCAUCAUGCACAUGCAACUCGGCCAGAUCUCCGCCAUCAUCGUCUCGUCACCUAAGUUAGCCAAAGAAGUCUUCAAAACCAACGAUCUCGCACUAGCCAGCCGUCCAUAUGCACUCGUCGCUGAUAUUGUGUUGUAUGGGAGCUCCGACGUUGCUCUUGGCCCUUACGGCGAUUACUGGAGACAAAUGAAGAAGAUGAUCACCGUUGAACUUUUAAGCGCCAAGAAAGUCCGGUCGUUCAGUGGAUUCCGGGAAGAAGAGGUCGACCAUUUCAUUGAGUUCAUUCGAUCGACCUGUGGAAAACCGGUGAUCUUACGUAAUAAGGUAACGGAAAUGAUCAACAACAUCGUGUGCAAAUCUUCGUUUGGUGGUAACUGUAAACAACAAGAUGUAUUGAUCGAAGUUGUGGAUGAGUUGGGAAGAUUGAUUCACAAGAGUCUUGAUAAGAUUUUUGAAGAAAUCUUUGAGGAACGGAAAAUCAAAAGACAAAGUAACAAAGAAUCCGAAGACGAUCUGCUUGAUGUUCUUCUCUCCAUCAAAGAGAGCGGUGGCUUACAGUUCCCUAUCACAGACGACAACAUCAAAGCUGUUUUUGUGAAUAUGUUUAGCGGAGGCACCGAUACAAGUGCUAUGACAAUCGAAUGGGCAAUGACAGAACUGAUGAGAAACCCUAAAGUCAUGGAGAAGGCACAAAAAGAAGUGAGAGAAACAUUUAAGGGAAAGAACAAUAUCACCGAGAGCGACUUAGAACAGUUGGUUUACCUCAAAUACAUCAUCAAAGAAACUCUAAGGCUUCACCCUCCUCUACCUUUGUUGCUUCCAAGAGAAUGUAGAGAGCAUUGUCAAAUCGAUGGUUAUGAUAUACCAGUGAAAACGAAAGUGAUUGUCAACGCUUUUGCAUGUGCAGUUGAUCCUGAAUAUUGGGAUGAUGCAGAAAGUUUCAAACCAGAGAGAUUCGACAACUCUUCUGUUGAUUUUAUGGGUACAAACUUUGAGUUCGUCCCAUUUGGAUCAGGGAGGAGGAUGUGUCCUGGGAUUAAUUUUGGUUUGAUUUCCAUCGAGUCUGCUCUUGCUCAAAUGUUAUACUACUUUAAUUGGCAACUUCCUUCUAAAUCAAGCCCUACAAGUAUUGAUAUGACAGAGAACGAUGGAGCCACUGCAGUAAAGAAAAUCCCAUUGCUUGUAACUCCAACUCUCUAUUCUUCAUCUUGACGAGCAAUUUAAUAGUGAGAACAAAUAAGAUCAAAGGUUGCUGAGCCUUAUCUAAGCUUCUAUGUGUAGAAUAUGUUUUAUUUUUUUUUUAAUUUCUUUUAUUUAUGUAAUGUUGUUAUUAAUUAAGUAAUACGCAUGUUUAAAAGUAUACACAUUGAAUAGAACUUACCUCAUCAUCUCAGAACUACUCGCAAAUGGAAAAGCAUGAUAAAUAGCAAAGUAUUUUGUGUUUUGUAUCAGUACAUGUAAUAUAUACUUGAAUUGAUUUUUCCAUAGUAGCAAG